CAUACUUAAAAAAUCUUAUAAAUUAGACAAGAAUAUUUUGUCAGUAAUCAUAAGUUACAAAAUGUUCACUGCUAAAGUUAUCUUCCUCGCUUUUGUAGCGGUAUGCUAUGGAGCACCAAAUGCUAAAUUCUCCAGCAAGGGUCUCAAGAUUUACCCUGGCGAUGAAGUCAAAAUAGAAGAUUAUCCAUACGUAGCUUCAAUCCAAUAUUGUAGUCGAACUUAUCAUAUCUGUCAUCACAUUUGCGGUGGUGUAAUUAUCAACAAAAACUGGGUAUUGUCCAGUACGGGUUGUAUAUUUGAAGGUUAUAAGGUUAUCGUUGGAGAUUUGCCCGGAAGUGAACCAGUUACUGUUGAUAUUGAAGCUAAAUACAGAUAUCCUAACUCCACCGAUGAGUACGGUCCAAAUGACGUUGCUCUAUUUAAGUUAGCUAAAGAACUCAUCUUUAACGAAAAAGUGCAACCAGCAAAAUUGCCAACGCAAGGCCAAGAAUUCAGCGGCACAGCUGUCGUGACCGGUUACGGCACCAGUUACGAGGCUAACCAAAACAUACUCAGAGCAGUCCCUAAUGUAACACUUAUUUCUAACGAUGAUUGUAACGAAGCCAUCAAGCAACUUACUCUUGACGAAGAUGUUUCUUUACAUGACAGCAACAUAUGUACCUUAAAAGAAGCAUCAACCACCUGCCAAGGUGACGUCGGUGGUCCUCUAUCCCAAGACGGAACCGUGAUCGGUAUGGUCACAUGGUCCGGUCCAAAUGACCUUGCUCUAUUUAAGUUAGCUGAAGAUCUCACCUUUAAUCACAAAGUGCAACCAGCAAAAUUACCAACUCAAGGCCAAGAAUUCAGCGGUACAGCUGAUUGGGUAGGUUACGCCACCUCAUUCUUGCCUAAUCAAAACUUUCUUAAUGGCGGGAUUAAUGACACCCUUAUUUCUAACGAUGAUUGUAAAAAAGCCAUCAAGUCAUUUGUCCUAAACGUAGACGGUACUUUAUAUGACAGCAACAUAUGUACCUUAAGCAAAGCAGCAACCACUAGCCUAGGUGACGUCGGUGGUCCUCUAUCUCAAAACGGAACCGUCAUCGGUACUGUCUCAUGGUACAUUUCUCCAACCUCGUUAGAAGGAGGUCCAAAUGUGUUCACCAAGCUGUCUAACUUCAUUGACUGGAUCGAAAAAACCAUUGCUGAAAAUAAUUAAAUUGUAUGAUUUUGUAUGAUUCUUAUUUUUUUGUGGGAAUUAAAUAUAAUCUAAUGAUCAUAUAUCAAA